UUCCUUCAGUCUGGUGGAAGCGCAGAAAUAAGCACAGAGGGUCUGAUCUCAUCUACUCUGUGGUGGUAGAUGGGCUGAUGAAGACUAGACUAUGAUCCCAUUAAAACGCAGGAAAGUCUCUCUCCCUGUAAACCAAGAGAAUGACACCUGUAAGUUUCCCCAUGUUUCUAUAUUCAUCCUGGAGAGGAAGAUGGGGACAUCUAGAAGAGCAUUUCUUACACGACUAGGACGGAGCAAAGGAUUUCUUAUUAAAGAAACAUACAGUUCCUCCAUCACGCAUGUUGUGUCUGAAAGUAACAGUGGAGAUGAAGUCCAGGCUUGGUUGGACAGCCAAACUGGACGAGACGCCUCCAGUUCUGUCAAUCUGUUGGACAUCAGGUGGUUUACGGAGAGCAUGGAGGCAGGACAUCCAGUUCUAGUUCAGGACAGACACGUAUUAAAGGUUAACCCAAAACCCAACGGAGACGCCACAGCAAUGCUGAUAAAAAGUUACGCCUGUCAAAGACGAACACCUUUAAAACACCACAAUUCAUUUCUAACAGAGGCUCUUGAAAUCUUGGCUCAGAAUGCCGAAUAUAAUGAUAAUGAAGGACGGAGCGUGGCGUUCAGACGGGCGGCUUCAGUCCUAAAGGCGCUUCCCCGGCGCGUGAGGAGCAUGGAGGAUCUCAGGUGUUUGCCCUGCCUGGGUGACCACUCACAGAGAGUUAUAAAGGAGAUUUUAGAAGAUGGAUCAUCAAGAGAAGUAGAGUCAACAAGACAAUCAGAGCAAUAUCAGGCCAUGAAGGCACUAACUGGUAUUUUCGGGGUGGGUGUGCGGACGGCGGAUCGCUGGUUUAGAGAGGGUUUGCGAUCUCCAGAUGAUUUGAUUCGCACAGGACAACAGUUAAACCGUGAACAGCAAGCAGGAGUCCAGUAUUACGAUGACCUCCAGAAACCCGUCACUAAGGCUGAGGCUGAUGUCAUCAGUGAUGUGGUUGAGAAAGCUGUGCACGCUGUGCUGCCCGGAGCAGAGAUCCAGCUCAUGGGAGGCUUCAGGAGGGGGAAGGAAGUCGGACACGAUGUGGACUUUCUCAUAACACAUCCAGAGGAAGGAAAAGAGGAAAGACUGAUGCCUAAAAUCACAAACUGGCUGGAGGAGCAGGGUUUACUGCUGUAUCAGAAGACGACCCGAAACUCUUAUCUGGAGAAAAUGGAUGGUCCAGCUCGGGCGUCUAGUAACAUGGAUCGCUUUGAGAGAUGCUUUUCCAUAUUUAAGCUUCAGGAAUCUGCUGCGAGCUGCAAAUCGAAUUGUUCUGCUUCUGCUGAGGAUGUCAGUGCAGCACAUGAGCAUCAUUCAGAAGCGUCCGGCUGGAGAGCUGUACGGGUCGAUCUGGUGGUCAGUCCCUACAGUCAGUUUGCCUUCGCCACUCUCGGAUGGACCGGCUCAAAGCUGUUUGAGAGAGAGCUGAGACGGUGGGCGGGGCAAGAGAAGCACAUGUCCUUGAGCAGCCACGCCCUCUAUGACAACAAACAGAAUCUGUAUCUCAGAGCAAAGACAGAAGAGGAGAUUUUUGCCUACCUGGGUCUGGAGUAUAUUCCUCCAUCCGAGCGAAACGCCUGAAUCUGUCCGUUUUGGAUUCUCACUACAGAUGUGCCAGUGCUUCCAUCGCCGAGCCUUAUAUUUUAGCUCCCAGUUUUGAUCAGAUCACUUUUUAUUUUUAUUUUUAUGUGAACCUUUAUAAGACACGAUGGAAAAUAGACAGGUAUAUGAUGUUUUCCAUGCAGUCCUUUUCCAAUAAGUAAAUCAAUUGCCAUAUGCAUAUGCAGUUUCAUGCAAUUUCUUUGUAAAUAAUGUAUACUUCUAGUCUUUGUAUGUCUCUUUUUGAAACUUGAACGCAAAAUUAUUUAUGUCUUAUUUUAUAUUUUGUAAUUAAAGAUUA